AUGGGGGCGUACAGAAUAGACGAUGAUUAUGAUUAUUUGUUCAAGGUGGUGUUGAUCGGAGACUCUGGGGUUGGGAAAUCGAACCUGCUGUCGAGAUUUACCAGGAACGAGUUUAGCCUCGAAUCCAAAUCCACCAUCGGUGUUGAGUUUGCCACUAGGAGUAUUCGAGUCGAUGAUAAGGUGGUCAAGGCCCAAAUUUGGGACACUGCUGGACAAGAAAGUGUUGAUUUUGUUAUAUGCAAUUAUGAAAUGAUAAUGCUGGUUAGUAACAUUAGAAAACAUGUUUCGGGUUCAACCUUUUUUGUUAGCGUUGGUGCAGCACUUUUCUUGUUUCAACAGUUGGCUGGGAUCAAUGCUGUUGUAUACUAUUCAACUUCUGUAUUCCGUAGUGCGGGGAUUGCCUCUGAUGUUGCAGCAAGUGCUCUUGUUGGAGCCACAAAUGUCUUUGGCACAGCUGUUGCAUCAUCCUUGAUGGAUAGACAAGGAAGAAAGAGUCUUCUAAUCACAAGCUUUGGUGGAAUGGCUGCCUCUAUGAUGCUGCUUUCUCUGUCCUUUACUUGGAAGGUUCUGGCACCAUAUUCUGGCCCCCUUGCUGUUCUUGGGACUGCUCUCUAUGUCUUGUCGUUUUCACUUGGUGCUGGUCCUGUGCCUGCUCUUCUUCUACCAGAGAUAUUUGCUUCAAGAAUCAGAGCAAAAGUAGUUGCUUUGUCAUUAGGAAUGCAUUGGGUGAGUGACUUUUUGUUCUGUUUUUUAUGUUAUGCACCAGUGUUUUCGUACCUAUAUAAUCAAAUUUCUUUGAACUUGUGUACUUUCCACUUGAUGAAUAAUUCAGAGAAUGCUUUCCUUAGCUGUACUAUAUUCAAGGCAAGGGAAAAAAAUGAAAUAUAUAUAGAUAAAAAGAAAAUAAUGCCUAAAAGGUGAACUAUUAUUUUUCUCAUCAUAUAGUUUUGA